CAUUUACAAAUAACAUAAAUCGUGAUAAUUAUUUCCGCAAGGAUUGUUUGCGCGGCUGGCCACCAGAGGCGCAUUGCCUUCACGAUUUUUACUGUAUCCACCAGUGAUACCAAUUACAAAAGCAGAAAAAAAUAUUCCAAAGAGCGUAAACAUGGCCUCGCGGUAUAAUCACGCUAUUCAGCGAGUUUUAGCAAAAUUAGAAGCAUCCAUAAAUUCGGAAAAUUAUUAUGAAGCUCAUCAAAUGUAUAGAACUUUAUACUUCAGAUAUCUUGGGCAGAAAAAGUAUUCGGAACUUUUGGAAUUACUAUACAAUGGUUCUACUCUUUUAUUACAACACGAGCAACAUGCAAGUGGAGCUGACUUAGGAAUCUUAUUUGUAAAUGUUUUAACACAAUCAGGAACAGAACCUUCUCAAGAUUAUUUUGAAAAAAUUACAAACUUGUUCAGUGUAAUGAGUCCUUUAUCACCUGAAAGAGAUGUAUUUGUACAAUCUGCUCUUCGAUGGAGUAUAAAAGGUACAGAAUAUAAAACAGGUCAUCCAGAUUUGCAUCAGAAAAUAGCACAAGUAUUUUGGAGAGAAAAAAAUUAUAUAAUGGCAAGGCAACAUUUUAUAUAUAGUAGAGAUGGUUCUGGAUGUGCUGCGAUGCUUGUCGAGCUCCAUGAGCAACGUGGUUACAAAAAUGAAAUAGAUCUUUUUAUAGCUCAGGCAGUUUUGCAAUACCUUUGUUUACAAAAUAAAACUACUGCACAGGAAGUUUUCAAUUCUUAUACAUCACAGCAUCCAAAAAUAAACAGUGGUCCACCAUAUCUUCUUCCUUUACUGAAUUUUUUAUUUUUUUUAUUAAAAACAGUUGACAGUGGUAAACUCGCUGUGUUCACAGUACUUUGUGAACAAUAUCGAAUAUCUUUAAACAGAGAUCCAUGUUAUCGACAGUACUUAGAUAAAAUAGGGCAAUUAUUUUUUAACGUUCCAUCCCCACGUCCUCGCAAUCAAGGAUUAUUUGGUACACUUUUACAAUCAUUUUUUAACGGUCUUGAAGAUGAAGGUUCAGAUGAUGAACAAAGAAACACAGCUUCAACUUCACAAACAGCACAAGAGCUUGACUGAUUAAAAGUUACACGUCACUGUGCAAUGUGAUGAAAGUAAAUAAUGAACUUUAUAUAUAUGUGUGUAUAUAUAUAUAUAUAUAUAUAUAUAUAUAUACAUAAUAUAUAUAUAUAUAUAUAUAUAUAUAUAUACAUAUAAUGGUGUCCCAUAUAUUUUUAAUACACACAUUGCGUUGAUCUAGUAGAUCUUCAAACAUUGUAUUAAAAUUAAUUUUCUUAAAUGACUUGUACAGAUAAACUUAUUUAAAAUAAAAAUAUGUGGGAUGCAUUCCUAGAGGAAUUUUUCAAAGUUAUAAGUUAGGAACAGUUUCCAAAAAUUCAUUCAUCAGAAAGUAAAACUACAUAGAAAGAAGAUAUUUGUUAAAAAUAAUGAGUCUUUAUACGUAUCUUUCUUUAUAUCACCAUAGAAGGUCUCUUUUGAUACUAUAUUUGAACUAUUAUUUGAUAUGUUGCAACUUAGUCGAAACUUUUAAAUUAUACAUAUGGAAUCUUAUUUAAAUAUCACAAUGAAGCUUAAAAACAAACUUGAACUUUGAACAAAAUCCUUAUACUAAUAAUUAUCUAUAUAUGAUGAUGUAUGUUCAAGAAAAAAAACAUGUAUUUGAGUGUAACUGCUGAAAUGAAGAUUUAUUUUAUAUAAACCUAAUCGUGUGACAAAUAAACGUUACAUUAUACACUUAUAGCUAGAAAGAAGGAGUGCUUAAUACUAUUUGUUGCUGAAAUACUAAAUGAGUGAAAUUAAUCUUAUGUAUGUAACUGUCAUAGCGGGAAGUAAAAUAUUUAUUUAUCAAACUGUACUAAUAUGAUUUAUAUUGUUUAAAAAUUUUAGCGAGAAAAGAAUAUAUAUUUAAUUAUGAAAAUAGGUGGCCAUGAUUCUGUAACAAAGCACUUUUCAGUACUAAUAAGAAUAAUGUACAAUUACUGUGUAUUGAAUCCAAAAGUACAGGAAAAAGAUACGAUGAAGGAUAUAGAUUUAUAAUAAGUAUAUACAUAUACAAACAUAUGUGUAUUCUUGUAGUAUAUAUUAUAUGUAUUAUGGGUGUAACAGCUUAUAUUUCCAUAAUUUUUUAACACAGCAAACAUUUUGCAAAUAUGCAAUGUUUAAAUUUGUUACAAACACACAUGGUUCCACUUUACACAAAAAUAAAUUAAAAUUUGUUGAUAAAAUAUAUUUUUCGUAUAGUACAUUAACAGACGUGAUAUGUAUUUGUUUUUCAUAUUAAUAUGCGUGCGGACAUUGAUAUAAUUUUACAUAUAUUAUUUAGGAAAUUAUUAAAAUUUAUACCAUAUACAAAUAUUAUAUAUAUGAACACAUUAUCCUUAAAAGAUUUAUCACGAAACAAUAAAUAAAUUGAAAUACAAAACAUUGGAAUACUGCGUA